AGCCAUAGUAACACCAGUCAGCUUUAGGGAAGGGAAAUACCUGAAAGGGUUCCUUCCCCCCCUGAUUGAUGGGCCUCCCGGGCCAAUAGGAGGAGGCGCGUAGGGAGCAAGGGGCGGGAGCAGAUUUGUAACCCAAGCUGAGCUGAGGAUAGGUUGAGAUCUGAUGGUGUAGAGUGCUAGUGCCUUUGCAUGUAUGUAUGUGUAUGUGUGUGUGUGUGAGAGAGAAGAGAGAGAGGGAGAGGGAGAGAGAGGGAGAGUGCGGGCUGUGCACAGGCAGUCAGGGAAUACAGUGUAGCAGUGUCUCUGUCUGGAGAUAGGCUGUUGCAUUUCAGUGCUAACUGCAGCAAUCUGUGUCUAUUUUUUAUUGUUUUUGGGGGGAGGGCUGUUGAUCUACAUGAGACUUCUCUUCAUGCUGGUGAAUCAUAUCUGAAGAGGGACAAAUACGGCACAAGUUCACCUCCGAACCGGGAUUUAAAGACAUUCACCGUGUGACAGGCUGCAGUGCACACACCAUCUGGACAUGACUGAGCACAGAGCGAUGGACCCCAAAAUGUCAACGUUAGACAGGGCGGUGAAAGCUGUACCAUUCCCACCAAAUCAUAGGCUUACAGCAAAAGAAAUAUUUGACAAUGAUGGCAAACCUCGGGUAGACGUCUUAAAAGGCCACUUAAUGAAAGAGGGAAGACUGGAAGAAAGCGUGGCUCUUCGAUUAAUAACAGAAGGAGCUUCAAUUCUCCGCAUGGAAAAAAACUUACUGGAUAUUGAUGCUCCAGUGACAGUGUGUGGGGAUAUCCAUGGCCAGUUUUUUGACUUGAUGAAGUUAUUUGAAGUAGGAGGAUCACCUGCCAACACGCGUUACCUCUUCUUGGGAGACUACGUUGACAGAGGAUACUUCAGCAUUGAAUGUGUGCUGUACUUGUGGGCCUUGAAAAUUCUAUAUCCCAAAACUCUGUUUUUACUCCGCGGGAAUCAUGAAUGUAGACAUCUAACAGAGUAUUUUACCUUCAAACAAGAAUGUAAAAUAAAAUAUUCAGAAAGAAUAUAUGAUGCCUGCAUGGAUGCCUUUGACUGCCUUCCUUUGGCUGCUCUGAUGAACCAACAGUUCCUCUGUGUACACGGUGGCUUAUCUCCCGAAAUCAACACUUUAGACGACAUUAGAAAAUUAGAUCGCUUUAAAGAACCCCCCGCAUAUGGACCCAUGUGUGAUAUUUUGUGGUCAGAUCCUCUGGAAGACUUUGGAAAUGAGAAAAGCCAAGAACAUUUUACUCACAACACAGUUAGGGGGUGCUCUUAUUUUUACAGCUAUCCAGCUGUCUGUGAAUUCCUUCAGCACAAUAACUUGUUAUCUAUACUUCGAGCUCAUGAAGCCCAAGAUGCUGGGUAUCGUAUGUAUAGAAAAAGCCAAACAACAGGCUUCCCCUCCCUAAUUACAAUAUUUUCAGCACCAAAUUAUCUAGAUGUAUACAACAAUAAAGCUGCAGUAUUGAAGUAUGAGAACAAUGUCAUGAACAUAAGGCAGUUCAAUUGUUCUCCUCACCCAUACUGGCUUCCAAAUUUCAUGGAUGUCUUUACCUGGUCCUUGCCUUUUGUUGGAGAGAAAGUGACAGAAAUGCUGGUAAAUGUUCUCAGCAUCUGCUCUGAUGAUGAACUGGUAUCAGAUGAAGAUACUGAUGAAGAUCACCUUAUUUAUGCACAGAAAAAAGGAGCAACAGCUGCAGCUCGUAAGGAAGUAAUCAGAAACAAGAUCCGAGCUAUUGGGAAAAUGGCAAGAGUGUUCAGUGUACUGAGAGAAGAGAGUGAAAGCGUGUUGACUUUAAAAGGUCUCACACCUACUGGGAUGCUGCCGAGUGGAGUUCUUUCUGGAGGAAAACCAUCUCUCCAGAGCGCUACUGUUGAGGCUAUAGAGGCCGAUGAAGCAAUCAAAGGAUUCUCGCCACAGCAUAAGAUUACUAGCUUUGAAGAGGCCAAGGGCUUGGACCGCAUUAACGAAAGGAUGCCACCUCGCCGAGAUGCUCUUCCUUCAGAUGCCAACCUUAACUCUAUCAACAAGGCUAUUUCUUCAGAGACCAAUGGCACUGACAGCAAUGGCAGCACCAGCAGCAAUAUUCAGUGACCACUUCCUGUUCAUUAAUAUAUUUUUUGUAGCUGCAAGGCAUGACAGGAUUGCUGCAUAUCAGCAACUGGGUGAUCUUGAUUUGGGUAAAUGCUACUUACUCUGGGGUUGGUGAUGAAUGAUUCAGUUUACAAUGUCAUCUAAAGAAAUAUAGUCUGAUCUAUUUUAGUGGGGGUCCUGGCCUCAUCUGGAUAUGCCUAUAAUUGCUUGUAGAAAAUAUACACAAAAAUAUUGCUGACCUAUAUAGAACAUAUUUUCCAAUGACAUUGGAACCUUUACAUUACUGAAAGGCCUUCUUUUAGUUACUGAACAUACAGUACAUAUUUGUCUAAUUUCUUACUAACUAUUGUAUGUUUACAUUUGCAGCUCUAAACUACAAAUAGACAUUAAACAUUUUUAACAUAAUGUACAAACUAAAAUAAGGACUAUUUAUUGAUGAUGUUUUGUUACUCUUGUCCAGAUUGGCUCAUUGUUUUCCCCACUGCUCCUCACUCUGUCAAAGCUGCUCGCAGUUGCAUCUCUGUUUUAAUGAAUUGCAAGCCUCUCCAUCAGAGUAUCUGUAACCCAAAACCACAAAUCUGAAAAGUCUUAAUGUCACUGGUGCUGGGACAUAGACUUCAGUGCAUUGCUUUAGCAAGGAAAAGGACAAAAGCAAAUACAAAAAUAAAAAUAAAUUUAAUAUAAGAAUGUUGACAAAUUUGUUAAAGAUGCCAAAAAAAGGAAAGUUUAAUUUUGUACAGAUUAUGCUUACCUCAGGUUACAUUAUUGUGCUUGAAUACCCUUCUUACUUAUAGAACACAUAGCUUAACUAUUUGGCAGUGAAUAUCCUUUUUUUUUUUUUUUCUUUAAUAAGCAAAACUGGAAUAAUGAUAAUCAUUCUAUUUUUUUGCUGUUCUAUCUACGUUUUUUUGGUAAAUAAAGUAUUGGUUGUGGCUUGCUGAAUUUUAAUAUUUAUGAGUGGUGCAUUUUUAAGUAUAGUGAACAAGACACCAUAUUAAGUGCAGUGAAAAGCAUCUAUAUUCUGUAAAAAUCCGCCUAUGCAUGUUUUUUAUGACAAAAUUGGCUGUAUAGGCCUGUAUCAGACUGUAAUGCGCUUAGUGGUUGGACUUAUACUGGAAAUGUAUGUAUACUGGCAUACUUUAUAUUCUCUUAAAACGCUUAAUGCCUUUGAAAUUUUGUAAUCAAAGAAAAAGCUUUGAAAAAAUCUAAAGAAGAGAAAAGAAUAUUCUUAAUGUUUUAUAACAUACGCUUGUCAGUGCACACAUAUAUAUGGUUAGCAUGUUUAGCAAAACUUGUGAAAUUUUAAAUAAGUUUGUGGUUACAUGUGAAACUUUAAGUGCAUGAUAACUGUUAGUGUCAUAAUAGUUUGGUCAUUCUGUUAUGUUACGUCAUGUGCCACAAAUGUGUAAUUCUUUUCACUUUUUUUUCCCUUUAUAAUAUGAGUUACGGGUUAUUAUUGACUCCUUCUAACAACAUCAAAAAAAUAAUUAAUUGAAUCAAAUUAAAGUCCAUUGAUAUUUUCUAACAAUUGUUUAAGUGCCCAAGUAAUUCACUACAGCCUAAAGCCUUGCCUUUGUAAUUUGACUUCUGAAAUGUUGGCAAUCGAAGCAUGCACGUGUAACAAUGACAAAAAAGCAUUUUAUAUUACUACUCAAUAAAAUGUGCAUGAACUUAAGCAUC